CGCCUCUUUCCGGGCCCGCGGAGGCUGGGUUCCAUCGAUUCAGGCCGGGAGGUGGGCCCGAGGAGAGGUUACGCGAGCCUUCCGGGCUGGGACCUGGUCUUCCGGCAGUUCGGUUCUGCAGGACACUGCCAUUCCCCAGGAGAAGAGUCAAGGGGACUAAAGAAUGGCUGUUGGACUUCUUAAAGCCAUGUACCAGGAGUUGGUGACCUUCAGAGAUGUGGCUGUAGACUUCUCCCAAGAGGAGUGGGAUUGCCUAAAUCCUUCUCAAAGGCAUCUGUACAGUAAUGUGAUGUUGGAGAACUACAGGAUCUUGGUAUCACUGGGACUUUGCUUUUCUAAACCAAGUGUGAUAUUAUUGUUGGAACAAGGGAAGGAGCCCUGGAUGGCAAAGAGAGAGAUGACAAAAGACUUGUACUCAGAUUGGGAAUCUAUGUGUGAGACUGAAGAAUUAACCCCAAAGCAGGACAUUUAUGAACCACAAUCAUCUCAGAAGGUAAUAGAAAAACUUACAAGCUAUGGCCUUGAGUACUCCAGUUUGAAAGAAGAAUGGAAAUGUGAGGGCCAUCUUGAAGGGCAACCAAUGAAUCAGAAAGCAUGUUUCAAGGAAGAGACGAUCACUCAUGAAGAAGUCCCUGUUGAUGAAAGAGUACAAGAAUAUAACAAAACUUGGAGAAGUUUCCAUUCCAACACACUACUUCAUACACAUCAGAUAAUCCCCAAAGAGGAGAAAAUACAUAAACAUAACACACAUAAAAGCUUUAAAAAAAAAUUAGUUGCCAUUAAGCCCAAGAGUAUCUACACAGAGAAGAAACUUUUGAAAUGUAAUGACUGUGAAAAAGUUUUCAGCCAGAGCUCAUCCCUUACUCUUCAUCAAAGAAUUCAUACUGGAGAGAAACCCUAUAAAUGUGUAGAAUGUGGGAAAGCAUUCAGCCAGAGAUCAAAUCUUGUUCAACAUCAGAGGAUUCAUACUGGAGAAAAACCGUAUGAGUGUAAGGAAUGUAGGAAAGCCUUCAGUCAGAAUGCACACCUCGUUCAACACCUGAGAGUUCAUACUGGAGAAAAACCUUAUGAAUGCAAAGUGUGUAGGAAAGCCUUCAGCCAGUUUGCUUACCUUGCUCAACAUCAGAGAGUCCAUACUGGAGAGAAACCCUAUGAAUGUAUUGAAUGUGGGAAAGCAUUUAGCAAUAGAUCAUCUAUUGCUCAACACCAGAGAGUUCAUACUGGUGAGAAACCUUAUGAAUGUAAUGUCUGCGGGAAAGCAUUUAGCCUUCGUGCAUACCUUACUGUACAUCAGAGAAUACAUACUGGAGAGAGACCCUAUGAAUGUAAGGAAUGUGGGAAGGCUUUCAGCCAGAAUUCACACCUUGCUCAACAUCAGAGAAUUCAUACUGGAGAAAAACCUUAUAAAUGUCAGCAAUGUAGGAAAGCAUUCAGCCAGAUUGCCUACCUUGCUCAACAUCAGAGAGUUCAUACUGGAGAGAAACCCUACGAAUGUAUUAAAUGUGGAAAGGCUUUUAGCAAUGAUUCAUCCCUUACUCAACAUCAGAGAGUUCAUACUGGAGAGAAGCCUUAUGAAUGUAAUGUUUGUGGAAAGGCUUUUAGUUACUGUGGAUCCCUUGCCCAACACCAGAGAAUUCAUACUGGAGAGAGACCCUAUGAAUGUAAGGAGUGCAAGAAAACUUUCAGGCAGCAUGCACACCUUGCUCAUCAUCAGAGAAUCCAUCUUGGGGAGUCACUCUCACCACCCAAUCCAGUCAAUCACCAAGUCCUGUAGACUAUUUCAUAAAUACUUUUGGAAUUUAUACUCUCUCCAUCUCUAAUAUUGCCAUCCUAGUUUAAGACUCGUCUCAUAUGGAUCACUCUAUAGCUCUCUCUUUUUUUUUUAAUUUUUUAAAUUAUGAAAGUAUGAUAACACAUUUACAGGAGACUUGGAAAAUACAAAACAAAGUUAUAUUGUUCCACUAUAUAUUACAAUUAUUUUUUUAAGUAGAUAAAUUAAGAUUUUUAGUUGGAGUUUCAAUAUCAAACUCUCAAAAAUUAAUAGAGUGAAUAGGCAGAAAAGUAGAAGGAUAUAGUAGAAUAGAAAAGCACUAUGAACCAAUUCAACAUAAUUAAGAUUCAUAUAAUUUUCACACAACAGUAGGAUACAAGUUCUAUUGAAGUUCCCAUAGACUAUAAACCAAGAGACUCUGUAACAUAUCCAGGGAUGUAAAAUGAGGUGCAAAAGUUUCAUGGUCUAAAAGUUUUGAAGUCAUACAGAGUCUGUUCUCUUAUCACUGUGGAAUUAUGUUAGGAAUCAAUAUCAAAAGAUAUUUGAAAAUAACCUACACAAAAAAGAAAAAAUAACCUAUACAUUUUCAAGUGUAAUGUGACAUUUACAAAGAGAGAUCUUUGACUUAGCCAUCAAAAGCCUCAAUGAAGUUAAAAGAUUAGAAAAGCACAGAGGGUGAUUGCAGAGAAGAAAGCAUGUAAAUGAGAAAUUAAUAUCAAAAUUAGAAAUUAAUAUGAAGGAUACUUUAAAAAACCCAUGUAUUUGGAAAUUAAAUGGUGACUUUUAAAUGAUGGGUGUAUCUAAGAAACCAUAAUAAGGAAUAUUAGAAAAUAUUUGUAACAAUAAAAAUGAAAAGAGAAUUUAUCAGAAUUUGUUUCAUGCUCAAUGCAACUAAAUACAAUGUGGAAUCAUGAGUAAGAUAUGAAGACUAAUAAUGGACUCUAGCAUAAAAUUUUGUGAAAUUUGAACCAAAUCUAUAGUUACUGUAUCACAUGUUAAUUUCUUUUUGGUUGUUUGUUUUUUUUUUAACAACAUAGUAUUUCUUUAUAUUCUUGGAGUUUCAAGCAUUCAAAAAACUUUUUUAAAAAUCACUAAAAUAAUAAGCUUUCUAGACUUUUAGCAGUAAUACUAGAUGCCAGAAUAAAUGGGACUAUAUCAAAAUUUUGAGUGAAUAUAAAUUAGAAAUCUAGCAUUCUGUUCAUACUUAGUCAAACAAGUGGAGCCAAAAUGUCAUAAAUUUUUUAGCUAAGCAAAAAUUCAUAUUUUCUAAAAUAUAUAUUAUACAUAUUAUAUAUAUAUGUAUGUAUGUUUACAAAAGCUUUUCUACUACACUUGAUAAAGGCUUGAGAAAGAACAACAAAAAAUGAGACAAGAUUGGAAAACCAAGUAAAUGAAAUGGGAGAACUGAAUAUGAAAUAGAAACAGUGAAACUAGAUAUAAAAGAUCAUCAUAUAGUCCAGUUGUUCUUAAACAUGGCUGCUCAUUAGAAUCACAUCUGGAGUUUUGGGGAAAAAAGUAAUACCUGGGCAUUUGUGUUUUUUAAAAAUUUCCAAGAUAUUUCUAAUGUGCAUCUGGAUUUUCAAAAGUGAUUACUAAAUGAUAGUUCAGCUAUAGAAUUCUAUUAGUUUCUGUUGACCAAUCAUGAGGACCACUCUAUAGCUUUCUAACAGAUCUUCCUGUAUUAACUUUUGGUCCCCUUAAAUUCAUUUCCCAACAUGCACGCAAAAUGAUCAUUUUCAAGUUUAAUAAUACAUCACUGCCUUGCUGUUGUUCUUUAACAUCUACAGUCUUUAAAACUGUCUAUGAGGAGCUUCAUUACCUAGUUCCUAUAUACCUUUCAGCCUUAUUUUAUUUGUUUCUCUCUCAGAUCUAGGCACUUACCAGGACUAAGAGCUUAGAUUCUGGAAAAUCAUAGCUCUCCUACUAUUCUGGCUUUGUGUGAAUUUGAGUAAUUUGCUUGACUUAUCUGCAACUCAGGGUUUUCUUUAAUUCUUAAAAUACGGAUAAUAAAGGAUACUGUAGUGUAGAAAUGUGAGUAUUAAAUGAAAUUGUUGUAGAUUGAUGCAUAUUAAGUAAGAAAUUUGCAUGCAAAGUACUUCACCUAGUGUAUCAAAUAUAGCAGAUCUUCAAUUAAAUAAUAAUAGCUAACAUUAUCGAGUGCCUACUAUGCACCAGGCACUAUUUUACAUACUGAACAUAUAUUAACUCAUUUAAUCCUUACAACUAAAACAAGAUUCCUUAGUAGACAAAGAAGAACAUCCAUGAAAAGCAGCAGGUCACAACUGGGACAACCUAAAAACUUUAGAAUAUAUGUAGGAGUGUUUUUACUAUAGGCAAGUAAUAGAAGUAGAACUAUAUAACACAGCUGGUUUUAGGAGGUUUCUAAAGAGAAAGAAUUAGAUAAACUAAUUAAAGAAAAUGAAGGUUCACUGAGAAAAAUACAGAACUUCUAUUUAGAUCAAGCACAGAGAGUAUUGCAGUUAACUCCAAAACCUUAAGAAAUUCAUACUACAGCAUAAAAAGAUCAGUCCCAAGUAAUAGUAUGGGUUAAUCUAGGUGAUUUUAUCUUAAUUGUUUCAUACGACAGAAAAAAAUACAAAGUUUAUAAAUUUUCAUCAGGUGAUUAUAAAACUGAAAUCAAAAGGGGAUUGAGAGAAGAAAAUUACAAACUACACACACACGCACACACACACACACACACACACACACACACACAUAUAUAUAUAUAUACACAGUUUCAUUCAUUCAGUGAAUAUUGAGUAGCUGCUGUUUGCCACACACUGAUUUAGACAUGAGGAGACAACAUGAUCGAUACAAAGACCAGAUCCUCAAGGAGUUAAAACAAUAGAUUUUCUAGGUCCAGAAAACUGAAGAAAAAUAAAUCAAAGGGUAUUAUGUAACCUAGGCUGGAGAGACUCAAGAUAAUAAAGAUCCAUUAUUUCUGACUAACAAAUUCACUGCAAUUCCAACAAAAUUCCUCAAUAGGCCUUUUUGCCCUUUAAUUUCACACCAAAUCUCAAAGCUUUUAAACUUAAUCUAUGAAGUGUGAAUUCUAAAGAACACCAAUAAAAUUAUUGAAUCUAA